AUGGGAUUAUUUGGGCAUAAGAAGAAGGAUAAAGACAAUUCUAAGCAUAAAGGAGGAAGUGCACCACCACCUCCUCCUCCUGCUGGUGCACCACCACCUCCUUCAGGAGGAAUGCCACCACCACCUCCACCUCCUGGUGCACCACCACCUCCUGCUGGAAUGCCACCACCCCCAUCAAAUCAUAGUAUGCCAAAACCUUCAUCUGCUGGUAGAGGUGAUUUAUUAUCUCAAAUUCAAAAAGGAAAGAAGUUGAAUAAAUGUGAAACUAUAGACAAAUCAAAACCAAUGAUAGAACAACCUAAAGGUGGAAUGGGAGGAGGAAUGCCAAUGGGAGGCAAUCCUAUGAUGACAGCUAUUGCUGCAAGAGGUAGUCGAGGAGGAUCUGCACCACAUUCAAUGGGAGGAAUGCCAUCAAGAGGAGCACCAAGAGGAAUGCCAUCAAGAGGAGCACCAACACCACGAGGAAUGCCAUCAAGGGGAAGUCCAGUACCAAGAGGAAGAGGAGGAAUGAUGCCACCAGCACAAGUUUCAGAACAUGAAGAACAAGAAACACCAAUUAUGCAUACUGCACCACCACGAGGAAUGCCAUCAAGAGGAGGUCCAAGAGGUGCACCACCACGAGGAAUGCCACCACGAGGAGGUCCAAGAGGUGCACCAAGAGGAAGAGGAGGAAUGAUGCCACCAGCACAAGCUCCAGAACAUGAAGAACAAGAAACACCAAUUAUGCAUACUGCACCACCACGAGGAAUGCCAUCAAGAGGAGCAUCAACAGGAGGAAUGAUGCCACCACCACCUCCAAGCAAUUGUCCACCACCACCACCUUCAAAUAAUUUACCACCACCUGGACCUGCCAAUGUACCACCACCAUCAUCUGGUGGAAGGGGUGAUUUAUUGUCCCAAAUUCAAAGAGGAACUAAAUUAAAGAAAACUACUACAGUAGAUAAAUCAGCACCAGCCAUUGGUAAAUCAAGUAGUUCAUCAUCAAGUGGAAUGGGAGGAGGAAUGCCAAGUGGGGGCAAUCCAUUAAUGGCAGCUAUUGCUGCACGAGCAAAUAGGGGAGGAUCAGCACCACAUCCAACACGAGGGGCACCAGCACCACGAGGAAUGCCAUCAAGGGGAAGUCCAGUACCAAGAGGAAGAGGAGGAAUGAUGCCACCAGCACAAGUUCCAGAACAUGAAGAACAAGAAACACCAAUUAUGCAUACUGCACCACCACGAGGAAUGCCACCACGAGGAGGUCCAAGAGGUGCACCAUCAAGAGGAAGCCCAGCACCACGAGGAAUGCCAUCAAGAGGAGCAUCAACAGGAGGAAUGAUGCCACCACCACCUCCAAGCAAUUGUCCACCACCACCACCUUCAAAUAAUUUACCACCACCUGGACCUGCCAAUGUACCACCACCAUCAUCUGGUGGAAGGGGUGAUUUAUUAUCUCAAAUUCAAAGAGGAACUAAAUUAAAGAAAACUACUACAGUAGAUAAAUCAGCACCAGCCAUUGGUAAAUCAAGUAGUUCAUCAUCAAGUGGAAUGGGAGGAGGAAUGCCAAGUGGGGGCAAUCCAUUAAUGGCAGCUAUUGCUGCACGAGCAAACAGGGGAGGAUCAGCACCACAUCCAACACGAGGGGCACCAGCACCAAGAGGAAUGCCAUCAAGAGGAGCACCAACACCACGAGGAAUGCCAUCAAGGGGAAGUCCAGUACCAAGAGGAAGAGGAGGAAUGAUGCCACCAGCACAAGUUUCAGAACAUGAAGAACAAGAAACACCAAUUAUGCAUACUGCACCACCACGAGGAAUGCCAUCAAGAGGAGGUCCAAGAGGUGCACCAUCAAGAGGAAGCCCAGCACCACGAGGAAUGCCAUCAAGAGGAGCAUCAACAGGAGGAAUGAUGCCACCACCACCUCCAAGCAAUUGUCCACCACCACCACCUUCAAAUAAUUUACCACCACCUGGACCUGCCAAUGUACCACCACCAUCAUCUGGUGGAAGGGGUGAUUUAUUGUCCCAAAUUCAAAGAGGAACUAAAUUAAAGAAAACUACUACAGUAGAUAAAUCAGCACCAGCCAUUGGUAAAUCAAGUAGUUCAUCAUCAAGUGGAAUGGGAGGAGGAAUGCCAAUGGGAGGCAAUCCAUUAAUGGCAGCUAUUGCUGCACGAGCAAAUAGGGGAGGAUCAGCACCACAUCCAACACGAGGGGCACCAGCACCACGAGGAAUGCCAUCAAGGGGAAGUCCAGUACCAAGAGGAAGAGGAGGAAUGAUGCCACCAGCACAAGUUCCAGAACAUGAAGAACAAGAAACACCAAUUAUGCAUACUGCACCACCACGAGGAAUGCCAUCAAGAGGAGGUCCAAGAGGUGCACCACCACGAGGAAUGCCACCACGAGGAGGUCCAAGAGGUGCACCAAGAGGAAGAGGAGCCGCAAUGUGA